CAAACGGCUAACCUGCAGGGUCGAUCCCAAUUUCCCUAAACCGACGAACAAUGAGAAAGGUCGGCUAAUCGACCGACCAAUGGCCCGAGCAUGAAUAGUAUACUUAAAGCAAUCCCAACCAGGGACCUCUACAGGAAAACGUCGCAGAAGCAAAGGGAAGCAUUGCGUCUCAACCGAGAUUCCAAGGAUGAAAUUGACGCUACCGGUGGCCUUCUGCUCGCUGGCGGCAGCAUUCGAUAUUCCCAGUCAUGGACCGUCUCCAGUCUCCCACCGUGACACAUCCUCAUUUAUCCAUCCAGGCCUCCUCCAAACAGCCUCUGAUUUCUCACGCAUCACCUCCAAAGUAUCCAGCAACACCGAACCCUGGAUAACAGGCUGGUACAAACUGACCAACAGCUCCAACAUCAACCUAGACUACACGCCCUCCCCGAAGACAAUCGUCUAUCGCGGCGCAGAUGGCACCCACACCGAGAACUAUCCCUCUCUGUACAGAGACAUAGCGGCCGCCUACGCAAUGGCCAUUUACUGGAAAGUAACCGGCAACACGAGCUACGCGGACGUUGUCGUGAACAUCCUGGACGAAUGGAGCUCCACCCUGACCGAGAUCUCCGGCACAACCGACAUGUACCUCGCCGCGGGCAUAUACGGGUACGAAUUCGCCAACGUCGCCGAGAUCAUGCGCACGUAUUCCGCAUGGCCGAGUGCUAAUUUGACCCGCUUUGCGAACAUGAUGGUCGACGUCUUCUAUCCCCUUAAUCAUGAUUUCCUGCAGAAUCAUCAUGGCGCCGCUGUUGAUCAUUACUGGGCGAAUUGGGAUUUGUGCAAUAUUGCCUCCGUCUUGUCUAUUGGCGUGUUGACUGAUAACCAGACUAUGUUCGACGAGGGAUUGACUUAUUUCAAGUCUGGUGAGGGAAAUGGCCAAAUUGAAAAUGCCAUCUGGAAGCUGUAUGAGGUGGAUGGGGAAUCCCUGGGUCAGGGUCAAGAGGCAGGGCGUGAUCAGGGCCAUUCGAUGCUGGAUUUUUCUCUCCUGGGGCCUAUUGCCCUGACGGCUUAUAAUCAGGGGACUGAUCUUUUUGAGUAUUUGGAUAAUCGCAUUCUGGCUGGUGCGGAAUACGUCGCCAAAUACAACCUUGGCAACGACGUUCCCUACACGACAUACAACAACAGCGACGACGUUAACCAGACGGUUAUUAGCAAUUCCAGUCGCGGAGAUAUCAGACCCAUCUGGGAGCUGCUGUAUAACCAUUAUGGUGUACUCAAGGGACUCAAUGUUACUUACACGAAGGAAUAUCGCGAUUUGGUCGUUGAGGAUGGCGAUGGAGCAGAGGGCGGUGGUGGCGAUUAUGGAACUACGAGUGGUGGGUAUGAUCAGUUGGGAUGGGGGACGCUGUUGUAUACGCUUGAGUGAGAUGGGGAUCUACUGCUGCUAGAGAUUUUUCACCUCUUCGUCCCCAGGAGUGCUUGAUGUGUGGAUCUUCGGGGCUCAGCGUCAUGUAAAUUUUUGAGGCAGUGAUUUGACAUGCGAAAGUCGAG